AAACAACACUUCCAAUUUAAUCGAUAUCAAUUUAAACGAACGGAUUUAAAAACAAAAACGAGAUAAUAAUAUCGAAAUCCUCGAAGUUAUCGAUCUCAUGAACAGCCAUUAUGCUGGAAUAUAUCAACCAAUCCAACGAUUCAUUUUUAUCCUGCGAUAAGCUUAAAACAAUAUCAGUUUUUUUAAAGAAGGGAAAAACCACUCAGAGUAAAGUAAUGGAUUUUAUUCUAACGAUACUUAGCUGUAUAAUCCUGAAAAUUGAUAAUCAAACCUACUUAUAUGAAUUUAAAGAUAUCUUCAAUGAUAGAACCUUAAAAAAUAUAAAGGAUGAUCUGGAAAAUCUUCUGCAUUUUAAAACUAAAUUCUUUAACUUUUUAAUCAUGGAGUUAUUGUUAGAGACUAUCAAGAAAGAAAAUAAUUAUUUUAAUAAACAUAUCAAAUUUAAUAGAAUCAUGGAAACAUCAAAUAAACAAUGUAAUAAAGAAGUUCUUCAAAAAAAAGUCAAGGAUGUUAUAAAAUUUUUAAUUUUUCGAAAGAUCAAGAAAUCUUCUUAUCUUCAUGAUGACAAUAGUACAUUGGAUUGGUCUUAUUACAAACAGAAAAUUGAUGUUAUACUUAGCAACGAAAUUUGUUCAAGAGAUAAUAUAAUAAAUAAAAAUAACGUUAAGAAAAAUAAUGAAGAAAAUACAAUAAAUUUUAUUACCAUAAAACAAAAAAUGAAUCUAUGAAUAAUGUAAACAAUUCAAAAAAAUCAGAUUCAAAAAUAGAAUCUAAUUUCUACAAAACAUCAAGUUAUACUUGCUUCGAUUAUCUUUGCAGCAAAAUCUAUUGGUUGC